GUCGUCUGUAUUCUUCAUCUCUUUCCUCUUCGCCAUCGAUUCUCUGAGCUGGAAACGAAUUCUCUCUCUCUCAGCUUAUAGAUACCCAAAUUAAGAAGAAGUGAAAGAUGCAUCCUCCACUUACACCACAUAGACAUCCAAUGUGUCUGGAGAUAAUUGAGGAAUUUCAAAAGUGUCAUAUAGACCAUCCGAUUGGGAAAUUCUUUGGAGAAUGUACAGAGCUGAAAGUAAAGCUUGAUCGAUGUUUCCGCCAAGAGAAAGCUGUGAAGCGGAAGGUAAAUUUCGAACAAAGCAAGAAACUUCAAGAAAGACUGAAAGCUAUAAGGAAAGAAGAAACCGCAGAGACUUGAGCAUUGUUGUAUAAUAAUCCUAUAAAGAACAUGUGCGUGUGUCUAUUUCAAAAGAACACAUUUCUAAAUUGAUCCACAAAGAAGAGUUUUGAUACUCUUUUGCCUCGUAAAUGAGUGAAAAACAUAGUAUUGCACUUGUAUUGAUUAGGGUUUAGCGUUUUGAAAUACUAGGUCUGCAGCAAAAUUGUUUCUUACACCUUUAUCUAUGGAAGUAAGGCGAGUAGCUACACGAUUUUCAUUUUAUUGUGGCUACAAUUUAGUUUCCAUUGACUUCUAAAGUUCCUUAACAUUGAGUCUGUUUUGGAAACUGCUAGUUCUCUAUCUUAUGUUCGAUCUCCAUGACAGUUUUAG